AUGCCUGCUUCUACACAGCUAAGUUACCGCACCCUUAAGGGGAUCGGCAUUAUGGAUGCCGCCCCUGUCUAUGCACCUCUGUCGGGCUUUGAGAGACCUGAGGGGAAUCUCCGCUGUUGUGCAUACUCGCCUUGCGGUCGUUAUUACGCAUGGGCGUCUCCCGAAAGGGUCACUAUUAUUGACGCCGCCGCUGGUAACACCGUCUCGACAAUUCCUGCUGAGAACGUCUUUGAACUCGGCUUCUCCCCACUCGGCACCUACGUGAUCACCUGGCAACGGCCCACCAAGGACGCCAACGGCGAUACCACCAAGAACCUCAAGGUGUGGCGUGCGGUCGAGACCGGAGAUGAGCACACUGUCGUGGGCAGCUAUGUCCAGAAGUCGCAGACAGGCUGGAACCUGCAGUACACCCCCGAUGAGAAGCUCUGUGCCCGCGUCGUGACCAACGAGGUCCAAUUCUACCAGAGCGACAACUUGUCGACCGUUUGGAAUAAGCUGCGUGUGGAGGGGGUGGCGGACUUUGCGCUCUCCCCGGGACAGACCCAUUCGAUUGCGGUGUUUGUUCCUGAGCGUAAGGGCCAGCCGGCCCAGGUUAAGGUGUUCGUUGUGCCGCAGUUCAAUGCGCCGGUUUCGCAGAAGAGCUUCUUCAAGGGUGACAAGGUUCAGCUCAAGUGGAAUGCCUCUGGUACGACUUUGAUCGUGUUGGCGCAGACCGAGGUGGAUCGCACUGGUAAGAGUUACUAUGGCGAGACUACCUUGUACUUGCUCAGCGCGAGUGGAGCUUUUGACUCGAGAAUCGAUCUUGACAAAGAAGGUCCGAUUCACGAUGUGAGUUGGAACCCCAACUCUAAGGAAUUUGGUGUCGUCUACGGUUACAUGCCUGCGAAGACCACCAUUUUCAACAUGCGUGGUGUGCCCAAGCACAAUUUCCCCUUGAGCCCCCGCAACACCAUUCUGUUCUCUCCCCAUGGCCGAUUCGUCCUUGUUGCUGGUUUCGGUAACUUGGCUGGCCAGAUGGAUAUCUAUGAUCUGGACAAGAACUACCACAAGAUUGCUACUGUUGAGGCCUCCAACUCCAGUGUCUGUGCCUGGUCUCCUGAUGGUCAGUACAUCUUGACUGCCACUACUAGCCCCCGUCUUCGCGUGGACAACGGCUUGCGCUUGUGGCACGUCAGCGGUAGCCUCAUGUACCACGAGGACAUGACUGAGCUGUACGAUGUCACGUGGCGUCCCCAGGAUGCUGCCCAGAUCCCACUGGGUGAUCCCUUCACCAAGCUCCCUGUGGCUCACCCCUCCGCUGCCGCCCACCUGGCUACCCGCAAGGCACCUGUGAAACCUGCCGGUGCUUACCGUCCUCCUGGAGCCCGUGGCCAACUGACCCCUCUUGCCUUCAAGCGUGAGGAUCAGGGUGGUGCCGCGUUUGUUCGUGAUGGUGUUCCCGGCGCCAGCAUGAACGGCUUCGGCAAGCCUCGCCGUCGUGAAGUCCCCGGUGCCGAGCCUGUGGAUGAGUACCUGCCUCCUGGUGCUGCUCCCGGUGGCGGUGUUCCCCUUCCUCCUGGCGCUGAUAACGAGAAGCUCUCUAAGUCCGCCGCCAAGAACAAGAAGAAGCGCGAGGCUGCGAAGAAGGCUCGUGAGGAUGGUAACCCAGAUAACCAGCCCCCUCCCAACGCUCCCACCGGUCCUAGCCCGAACCGCAACCGCGGUAAGAACAACGGUUCUCCUGUGAAUGGAAAUGGACCUGCUAAGCAGGCUGCUCCUGCUCCCGCUCCUGCUGCUCCUCCCGCCCCUGUCGCCGCUCCCAUUGAUUCCUCUGCCCAAGAUAAGAAGGUCCGCGGCUUACUGAAGAAGAUUCGCGCGAUCGACGAGUUGAAGAUGCGGUUGGCGGGUGGUGAGAAGCUGGAGGAUACUCAGAUGAAGAAGAUCCAGACUGAGGACUCGGUGCGCAAGGAACUGGAUGCCGUUGGAUAUAGUGGAUAA